AUGUUCUCGCAAUCAGCUCGUCGGUUAACACCGGCUGUGAUGUCUUUUCAAUCUGCUCGAGCUCCCAUGAGCCGACGCACCUUCACCUCCACGCAAGCCAUAUUCAACUCAUCACAGAAGCCAAGUGCAUACAAGGAAGGGAUGAAUCAAUAUCGAACCUUUACUGGCCCCUUCGCCAAGGUCUUCUUGGGGGGGCGUCUUCGUCUAUCAAGUCCUUUAUUGGACCUGGUUGAAGUUGGAGAUGGAUGA